AUGGCGAGCACGCCUAGAAAACCGUCGUCUCCUACGCCAGGUGGCCGCAAGACCCCGUCGACUGACGCUCAAACGAGCCCAAAUCCACCACGAAAGGCCUCGCAAUCCUCAAAUGCCACGACAAAUGGCGUUGGUCGCUCGCCCUCUACCAAAGGGUCACCAGGUCCCGUGUCAGCCCGUGCCGCAGCAGCGAGGAGGGCUGGGCUGGGUCGGUCGAACCUCAGCAUGAGCAGUGUCCCGCGAAGCUUCUCUAAUAAUAACGACGACGACGACACCAGAGCGGCAAAUGCUGCACUCAUAGACGACCUAAAGGAGCAGGUACAAAAGGCCGAAACCCUCUCAGAUCAAUAUUGCAAACAACUCGGUGUGCUUCAAAUGAGGCUCGACGAUGCUGUCAGUGAGCAAGGGCGGUUGGAAGAACAGGCACAUGAGAAGGACAGUCAGAUCAAUCCGCUACGCGACGAGAUCAAGGAACUUCAAAAGCAAUUUCGAGAUCUUGAGCAGAAGCACGAGACCGAGCGCGGAGCGAUGCUUACGGAUAAAGAGAACCAGGCAAAGAGAGAGGAAGAGCUGGAAUCUACCAUUCAACGAUUGAAGGAGACUAUCGCCCAGAAAGAUUUCCGGAUGGGUGUGGAUGGAGAACGCAACAUGUCACGUUCACCGAGCUUCCGCAACCGUUCAUCCCCAGAUAUUGAAAAUGGACAGUUUGCGCCAUCGACAUCUCAGCUUCAACGAAGCCCUUCAAGGAACAACUCCAAGUUGAUACUACAAAAGGAUAAACUGAUAGAAUCGUUAAGGCUCGAGUUAGCGGAAGCACAGAUCAAACUUGUGGAAAUGGAGAACCUAGGCGGUGGCCGUCAGCAGGAUCUUGAAAGAGAGCUUCUAGAAGCCCGCAUGGCGAAUGCUCGCUUGAUGGAGGAUAACGAAAGCUACCAACUUCUACUCAGCGAGCGGACUUUGAACGGCGACUUCACCAAGGGUGAUUUCAUGCACGACUCUAACGCAGCACCUGCAUCGAACGGAGCCAGUGGCUCUCUGGCUGAUGAGCUGGAGUCCAUCGGCGAAGGGGGGGAUGAUAACGAGAGACGUCGACUUGAGAGCGAACUCAAGACUUCCAAGGACCAGAAUAAAGCCCUGACCCUAUAUAUCGAAAGAAUAAUCGGUAGACUUUUGCAACAUGAAGGGUUCGAACAUAUUCUUGACAAGAGCGACGCCGACACUACAGGUUCGAAGAAUGGUAAUAAAGAUAAGGAGCUCCCUCCUCCACCACCAAUCGAGAAAAACGAACCCGCCGGUCAAUCUUUCCUACAACGUGCAAAGUCCGUCGUAGCCGGACAAACAACUCGUCCCAAACCCAGACCAAGCAGCACCCUUACACAAUCUACCUCCACCCAAUCUCCUCCACAAAUGUCACCUCGCGAGGCACCCACCCCGUCAGCUCACGAAGACCCCAACACUGCCCCUAGAAUCCCACUCGGACGCUCCAGAACCGUUCAACACCGUCGAACAAGAUCAGACCAAAUGGAUGGCACCGCACCCCCCGGUGCUGCAAAUGUUGUUGGCCAAAUGUAUCGUGGUCCACCCAGCGGACGCUCCCCAUCUACCGGCCCAAUGAGCCCGGGUAUUAGCCCAACAUUGUCAAAUAAUGGCCCGUUCUUCGGUCCUAGCUUGAGUUCUAAACGCGCUUCUGUUGCCACCGCCCCUGGCGGCAUGGGAACUUCCAUCUCGACCAGGAGUGCAGACCGUAGAUUCAGCAGCGCUGCUAGUCUUACUAGCGACCGGAGCGGAGAAGUUGGAUCUACUGAUGGCGGUGCUUCUGCUAGUCCACCACGCUCUAGUCCUGGUAUGAACAACUAUACCGGCGCAGUGAUGCAGCAGAAUAAACUCCGCCCCUUACGUUUAGUUCAGGAAAACCAGGAGAUGGACAGUGAUCCACUAGCUGAUGAUGAUGCCGCACGAAAGAAAGCCAAUAGAGGUAGCUGGGCAGGAUGGUUUAAUCGGGGUAGCUUCGCACUUCCCGAUUCCGGACAGCCACGGCCGUCAUCAUGA